GCAGUUGGAGUGCGCGUUCACGUCUCAGGUCUGGGGGACGUUGGUGCCGUCUCCGCGCUCCCGCCGCCGGAGUAAAAACUAUUUUGUCGCUUAAAGAGAAUCGACAAAAAAGCGAAAUGUACAGAUGAGUAUCUAUCUGUAAGUAAAGCUCGGACAAUCAGCCAAACCGUGAUUGGACUCCUUUCUUCUUGACGAGUCUCUGCCGUCAGACGCUGUGGGACUUACGGUUCGCCAUGGAGACGGUGGUGAUCGUGGCCAUAGGAGUGUUGGCCACCAUCUUUCUGGCCUCCUUUGUUGCUCUGGUGGUGGUGUGCCGACAUCGCUACUGCCACCCUCAUGACCUGCUGCACCACUUCGACUCCAAACCCACCGUGGAUCUGAUUAGCGCCAUGGAAACGCAGAGUGAGCCUUCGGAGCUGGAGCUGGACGACGUGGUUAUCACCAACCCUCACAUCGAAGCCAUCCUGGAGAACGAGGACUGGAUAGAGGACGCAUCCGGCUUGGUGUCACACUGCAUCUCUAUUCUGAAGAUCUGCCACACUUUGACUGAAAAAUUGGUGGCCAUGACAAUGGGUUCAGGGGCAAAGGUCAAAGCACCUGCCAGUUUGAGUGACAUCAUCACAGUGGCCAAACGAAUCAGUCCAAGGGUGGACGAUGUGGUCAGGUCUAUGUACCCUCCUCUGGAUCCAAUCCUCCUGGACGCCAGAGCCACUGCUCUGCUGCUUUCAGUCAGCCACCUAGUGCUGGUCACCCGCAACGCCUGUCACAUGUCCGGCAGCCUGGACUGGAUCGACCAGUCGCUUCACGCAGCGGAGGAUCACAUGGUGGUUCUGCGUGAAGCGGCGCUGGCUUCCGAACCAGAGCGAAUCCUUUUUGGAGAUGAUGCUCAGAGAGAACAGGCCAUUUGAGGAAAAAACCUGAAGCAGCACAAACUACAGUCAAAAAUACAAACCAUGAAAAAGCUGUUGCAUUCCAACGCUGACCUAGUGAUACGUACUAAAAUAGACAUUUCAGUUUCACAUCUGUGGCUCUACAGUGGACAGAAUGUUUUUAAAAUCAUUUUCUGAAAUGCACCAUCCAGUAGUGGGCCUAUAAUCCAGUCUAACCAGCACUGCAGUCACAAGGAGGCUUAGUCAGCUAAUCCAUCCUGACGAAAAUGACAUCCAUUAACCAGUGAACCCGAAGGUGCUCCAAUUCAGUGUAAAAAAAGUUAGAGAAACCUGGCUUACUUAGCAUGUGUGGGGUCAGUUUAACUGGGAUUUGGUGAGAAAAAAAAUAAAAGAGUGGAUUCUUCAAAUACUUUGAUGCAGGUGGGGUAAAUAAAAUGCAGUUCUUUCUAGGGAAUUUUUUAUUAGUUUUCCCCUUCACUUGUGACACACUUUACAUGUGCAGCUCUUUCCAUGGAUGACCAGUUUAGCUCAAUACUGGAAAUCCUGCCAGUGUAACCAAAAGCUGAACUUCUGAGGUCCUGCGUUGGAUAGAUACACCAUGGUUUCUGCAUGUAAAAGUUUGUAUUUUCAAACAUAUUUUACUUCCAGUUUUAUUCAUGACAUUCUGGUCAAAUUGCUGCCAUCUUGGUCUUGAAUUGGUAUCUUGGUCUUGAUGCCAAAGCCGAUCUGGUGUGUUUUGGGCCAUAUUGGAUGCAUAUCUCCCAAAAAGUUACACUUUCAUCUGAUCAGUCAACAGAUUUUCCCAAAAGUCUUAUCUAGCCUGUAAGUUAGUCUAGCCUAAGUUAGUUUUGUCUCAUUUCAAAUGUGCCAAGAUAUUGUCAUUAAAAACUAGAAAAUAAUACUUGGAAACAUUUUGUGUGUUUGCAGUGUAGGUCCUUCAUUGAUGCCUCAGUUUUAUUGCUGAAUAAUGAACCCUGACUUUAACUUAUGCAAUGAGGCCUGUAGUACCGUAGAUAUUGCUGUGGAUUUUUUUGUGGAUCAGUUGUCUUUGCACUCUUGGGAGUGAUUUUGGUAGGCCGGCCACUUCUGGGAGGGUUCACAAUUUUUUUGUGUUUUCUCCAUUUGCAUCUCCCUGAAGCCCCAAAAACAUCUUUGCAAACCAAUCCAGACUGAAUACCAUUUCCCCCCCAUCUGUUCCUGAGCUUACUUCAAUUUAGACAUAAUGUGUAGCUUUCUGAAAGCAUUUUUGAGUUGCUUCUCCCCCUUCAAAUUAAUGAAACCAUCAUUUGAAAACUUGCAUUUUCUAUUUACUUGUUAACUUUGCCUGGUAUUAAGAUACAAAACAUUUUAAGGGCACGUUUUUACAGCGCUGUGUUGCUGUGUCAUGAGGACAUUUUUAGUUGAUUGAAACAGAAUUAGCUUGUCUCUCUGGGCUGGCGGGAUGUUAUUGGAGCAUGUCUACCUGCUCCUUCAUGCAUAGCUAAUAGUGAAUCCCCAAGGAGCUGUAAUAAGGCAUUAGCCACAGACUAUGUGAACACACUGGCCUCGGUUACAGUCCAUGUCGCUUUGUACACAAAGUCCUGGCAUAAAAAUAACAGUUGAAUGACAAUCAGAAAUUGUGGGAAUAGAGAUGUUUUCUGCUAGGUUUUUUUUUUUAAAAAGGAAGAACUUAAAACACACAGAUGUUUUUUUGUAAUAAAAGAAGACGUAGAAAUUUCUUAUUUUCUUUUUUGUUUCCAUGUUUAUAUGCAUUGACAUGCACUGAACCAUUUUAAAAUAUAUACUUUGUUUUUCCCAUUUUCAUUUGAUGUUUCUUGCUUAUUGCCAUUGAUUUUUAUUUUUCACUAACUUGUACAGAAACAAAAUGUCCUAUAGGAACCAAGUGGUUACUUUAGAGAAAUCGUUUUCCAGUUAAAAGUUUACACACUCAUAUUAUUUUGACAUAAAUAAAGUGAUUUUUCUUUCUCUGUUUA